AUGACGAUUCUCUCCGACUUCGUCAUCGAGGCUACGCAUAUCGCUGUUCGGGCCGCCACCGAUACCCCGUCUCCCACCGCCAACUCGUCCACCAUUUCAACCACAUCGAGCCUGCCCACCGAUUCCAACUUUCAGAACAAUAAAAACUCGGACAACAACAGAGGCAGUUCGCCGCUCCUAUUCUUCGUCGCUCUAGGCUUCGGUGUUGUAUUCACUAACCUCUGGAUCAUCGUCGGUGUCAAGUAUUGCUUCCGUUACAAUGCCCGUAACCGCGCCCGCCUUGGUGAAGAUGGCGAACCCCUGCCUCUGGAAAAUAUGCCCAGACCUCAUCGUCGUCGUCGCGAAAAGAAGCUCAUGACCAUGGACGAGGUCAAUGAUAAAUUUCCUAUGAUGAAGUACAAGACGUGGGUUAUUGAGCGUGCACGAGAAGGUUUACCCACUGCUGGCGGCGUAGACUUGUCCGCCAGCAGACCAACCAGUAUCCACAACGUUGAAGCGGUUUCAUCGGUUCCCAUCACAAAAGAGCGCCAGUCGACAGACGAAGCAAACCCGGCGCCAAAUAGCCAUGAGCCUGUUGCUGCGACCGAAACUAGAGCCGAUGAGAAGCCAACUGAGACGGAAAAGGAUAAACCAGCUAAGAACACUGACGCUAUCGAAUCUGCCGGACAGACCUCGACCGCUGCACUUCCCAAAACUGACGACGUGCAACGCGUUGAAAGCCACGAGGACGACCAAGACGAUGACGACGAACACAUCAACGCCGCCUUGCCCCCCGAGUGCCUUGCUGCGCCCGGUGAUACCUGUGCUAUUUGCAUUGACACGCUCGAGGACGACGAUGACAUCCGUGGCCUUACCUGCGGCCAUGCCUUCCAUGCUGUUUGCGUUGACCCCUGGUUGACGAGCCGUCGUGCUUGCUGUCCGCUCUGCAAGGCAGACUACUACACGCCCAAGCCUCGGCCCAAUCAGGAUGGCGAUGCCGCCGCCCAGACCAACCCCAGCUUAGAUCCGCGCAGCAAUACGCGCAUGAACAUGCCUAGUAGCUUUGCGUCUGCUUGGUUCCGCAACGGCCCAGCUCCUCCCCUCCGCACGAGCCGACGCUCAAGGACCAACACAACCGAGACACCCGCGGAUCAACCUACCGAGUCUUUCAGUCGCAGCAUGGUGUCAUCUAUGCGAUCCGCUAUGCGGUUUGGCCGCAGGAAUAAUGCCGCCCAACCCGAGGCACCCGCCCCUGCCGCCACAGCAGAACCAACGCCGGCUCAAUUAGAGUCUGGCACCAGACCUCACGUUGUGGCGUAG